AUGAAAGGUGAAUACGUAGAACAACACCAACAUUCUAAGACUGAAACACCACCUAGUAUGUUCUCAAAGCUUCAACCUCAACAUCAUCCUUUUCCGCACCAUCCUUUCCAACUCUCUGCGGAGGACGACACUCGUGCCAUCGUUGCCACACCCACUACUGCACCCAACCCCAACUCCUCUGGCGGCGAUGGCUCCACCAUUGAGGUCGUGCGCCGUCCCAGGGGCCGUCCUCCUGGCUCCAAAAACAAACCCAAGCCACCUGUCAUCAUAACGCGCGACCCUGAACCGGCUAUGAGUCCCUACAUUUUAGAAGUGUCUGGGGGCAACGAUGUCGUCGAGGCCAUCGCGCAGUUCAGUCGGCGCAAGAAUAUGGGUAUCUGUGUCCUCACGGGUUCUGGGACCGUCGCUAACGUCACGCUCCGUCAACCCUCAACUACGCCGGGCGCCACCGUUACUUUCCAUGGCCGUUUUGAUAUCCUCUCUGUCUCUGCCACCUUCCUUCCGCAGCAAUCCGGCGCGUUCCCGGCUGUUCCCAAUGGAUUCGCUAUCUCCCUCGCCGGACCGCAGGGGCAGAUCGUCGGGGGAAUGGUCGCCGGCGGGUUGAUAGCAGCCGGAACGGUGUUCGUGAUUGCCGCUUCGUUCAACAAUCCUGCAUAUCACAGGCUACCUCCGGAAGAGGAGGGGGCCUCUGCGGAUGGGCAUUCGCCGCCAGUCUCCGGUGGCGGAGAAAGCGGGCAUGGGCAAGCAGAGUCGUGUGGAAUGUCCAUGUACAGCUGUCACUUGCCUUCUGACGUGAUUUGGGCUCCGACGGCCAGAGCACCGCCGCCACCGCCACCUUACUGA